AUGGCCGUGCAUAGCAAGAUGUCCAGUUCCCGCCGCGCAGCGGCAGCUGCCCUUGGGGCAGGUGCCUGCGCGCUUGCCGGCACCAGCUUUGUGACCCCGCAGGCGGCACAAGCACCGCAGGCUGUCCGCCAGAGCCUCGGUGAUGCCACGCUGAGGGAGUCUCGCAGCGUGUCGUCCAGCAGCUUCAGCACCGUCGCUGGCGUGGCCAGCAUGGUGGGCCUUGCUGCUGUUGCCGGCCUCGGCCAGCACCGCAGUGCCAAGGCACCCAAGCAGCAUCGGGUGGUCUCGGCGCAGGCAAGAGGUGGUGAGGAGGACACGCGGGGAUGCAUUCCUCUGGAAGAGCUGCGCAACACCGACGUGGACAAGGUCGGUGGAAAGAGUGCAUCCCUAGGUGAGAUGAUCUCGCAGCUUUCGGACGUGGGCGUUCCGGUGCCGGGAGGCUUCAGCACUACGUCCUUCGCCUACAAGGAGUUCCUGGACAAGGGCGGCAUCAAUGAGUUCAUCAACGACAAGCUCUCGGAUGAGUCCAUCUACGAGGACGUGGACAAGCUGAUGAAGGUGGGCAAGGAGAUCCGUGACAAAAUCAUGGACACACCCUUCCAGCCCAACUUCGAGGAGGAGCUGAAGUCGGAGUGGGAGCGCGUGAGCGGGGGAGAUGAGAAGUUCACCUUUGCGGUGCGCUCCUCUGCCACGGCCGAGGACUUGCCCGACGCCUCCUUUGCUGGCCAGCAGGAGACUUACCUGAACGUCAUGGGCUAUGCCGACAUGAAGGAGAAGGUGCACCUGGUGUUCGCAUCCCUGUUCACGGACCGAGCAAUCUCGUACCGCCAUGACCGCGGCUUUGAGCACGAGAAGGUGCAGCUCUGCGCGACCUGCCAAAAGAUGGUGCGCAGCGAGACAGGCUCCGCGGGGGUGAUGUUCUCCUUGGACACGGAGAGCGGCUUCAAGGACGUUGUCUUUGUGACCUCCGCGUACGGAUUGGGCGAGACUGUUGUCGGCGGCACCGUGAACCCAGACGAGUGGUAUGUCUUCAAGCCGACCCUGGCAGAGGGCAAGAAGUCCAUCAUCUCCCGCACCAUGGGCUCCAAGCUCGUGAAGAUGGUGUACAAGAAGGGUGGAGGGUCCGAAACCAUUGACACCAGCGGCGAGGAGAGGGAAAGCUGGUCAGCAAGCGACGAGGAGGUGAACGCUCUGGCAGAGAUGGCCGUGAAGAUCGAGAAGCACUACGGGCGGCCUAUGGACAUCGAGUGGGCGCGGGACGGCGAUGACGGCAAGCUUUACAUUGUUCAGGCUCGCCCAGAGACCGUUGCCUCCCAGAAGAAGGUGGGUGUCAUUGAGGAGUACAAGAUGCUGGAGAAGGGUGGCGAGACGGUCGCAGAAGGCCGCGCUGUCGGCAAGCGAAUUGGAAGUGGCAAGGUGAACAUCUUGACCAGCAUCGACCAGAUGUCUGAGUUCAACCAGGGCGAGGUCUUGGUGGCAGACAUGACUGACCCUGACUGGGAGCCCAUCAUGAAGAAGGCAGGGGCCGGUGCAAUCAUCACGAACCGUGGUGGCCGCACCUGCCACGCAGCCAUCAUUGCACGUGAGCUCGGCAUCCCGGCAAUUGUCGGGUGCGGAGAUGCCACGGAGAAGGUCAAGAAGGGUGACCCUGUCACCGUCUCUUGUGCCGAGGGCGACACUGGGUUCAUCUACAAGGGCGAGCUGAAGUUCGAGAGGAAUGUGCAGGACUUGGGUGAACUUCCCGAGGUUGGCUUGAAGAUCAUGAUGAAUGUUGGCAAUCCGGAGACGGCCUUUAGCUUCGGCCAGCUCCCCAACGAAGGCAUCGGCCUGGCCCGCCUCGAGUUCGUCAUCAACAAUGCCAUCGGGGUGCACCCGAAGGCCCUCCUAAACUAUGACACCCUGGACGCCGAGACGAAAGCGUUGGUGGAUGACCGCAUGAGGGGCUACGCCAGCCCCAAGGAGUUCUACAUCAACAAGAUUGCCGAGGGUGUGGCUACCCUGGCCGCCUCCGUGUACCCCAAGCGCAUCAUUGUGCGCCUGUCCGAUUUCAAGUCCAACGAGUACAAGAGCUUGAUUGGUGGUGAGCAGUAUGAGCCGGAUGAGGAGAACCCCAUGAUUGGCUUCCGCGGCUGCGGCCGCUACACUGACCCUUUCUUCGAGGAGUGCUUCGCCAUGGAGCUGGAGGCCGUGAAGAUCGUGCGUGGCGAGAUGGGCCUGAAGAACGUGGAGAUCAUGAUUCCGUUCGUGCGCACCCUGGACAUGGCCAAGGAUGUCAACGAGGUCCUCGAGAAGAAUGGCCUGAAGCGAGGAGAGGAUGGGCUGAAGGUGAACAUGAUGGCCGAACUGCCCAGCAACGUCUUCCUGGCCGAGGAGUUCCUGGAGUACUUCGAUGGGUUCUCCAUCGGAAGCAACGACCUCACGCAGCUGACGCUGGGCCUUGACCGUGAUUCAGGCCUGGUUGCACAGUACUUCGAUGAGAGGAAUCCAGCGGUCAUGAAAGGCCUGGAGACCUUGAUCAAGGCGGCCAAGGCCAAGGGCAAGUACGUCGGCAUCUGUGGCCAGGGCCCCUCGGACCACCCCGACCUUGCCAAGUGGCUCAUGGACCAGGGCAUCGACUCCGUGUCCCUGAACCCGGACUCCGUGAUCCCCACCUGGCAGUUCCUGAGCAAGUAA